AUAUAUCGCCGUUUUAGCUUCCCUAUCCCCUUCUGCUCCCUUAUUUUUCUAGCCAUUCCAACCUACUAAUACUAGUUCAAAAUUGUGUCUGUUUUAGCCACAUCAACGGUACAAAUCUUUCUCCCGCCUUCCAAUCUCUUACUAUAAUUUUUUAUUUAUUUAGUAGCCACCUUUAAAAUUCAGUCCCUUUUUUUCCCCAACCUUCUCUAUUUACUGUGUGAUCUUGAUUGGGAUUUCCUGUAACAUUUGUAGUGAUGGAUCUCAAGGAAGUAAAGAGAUCAGAAGAAGCAGAGGAAAUGAAUAGUACAAACAAGAUGAAAUCUUGCAGUUGUUGUCAUACUACAAGAACCCCCCUUUGGAGAAGUGGUCCAUCAGGUCCAAAGUCGUUGUGUAACGCAUGUGGGAUCAAGUACAAUAAGAAGAGGAGACAGAUUUUGGGUGUUGAUAAGAAGAGGAGAAUUAUUAGUAAAGAGAAAAAGAGUAGAGAAAUUGGAAAAUUGAUGGCAUUGGGAGGCAAAUUAAGAGAAGAAGAACAAGCAGCGAUACUUCUCAUGGCUCUUUCUUGUGGAUCUGUUGACAAAAUACUAUUCUAACCCCUUGUAAUUCUUACUAAUUAAUUGACUCAUUUUGAUCAAGAGUUUUUUUUUUUUUUCAGAUUCAGUUGUAAUGCCUAAUGUAGUAAUUUUUUAGUACUUUUAUUUUUCCUGUU